GUCACGUGUCACGGGGACGCGGAAGUACGGAACCGUUGUUUAGCUAUACAAGUAGCUAGGUCUGUGGCACCGACAGCGAAGCUUCUUUAUGUUAUAUCUAUUCUGAAACUGUUAACAAGUAAACAGUACUCAUGGUCAGGAUGACCCAGAAGCACAGCCUGGAAGGCCAGGUGUACUCCGUGCCCCUCAUCCAACCAGACCUGAGGAGAGAGGAGGCUGUCCAUCAGAUAGCAGAUGCAUUACUCUACUUGGAGACCAUCUCUACGGAUAUUUUCAGAAGGGUGUCUGAGAGUGUAGAGAAGAACCGCCGCCAGCUGCAGAGCGUCACUGACCGGAUCAGACUAGCUCAGGCCCGUGUCGACAAGAUCAAAGGAAGUAAGAAGGCCACCAAGGUUUUCUCCAGUGCCAAGUACCCGGCCCCAGAUCGACUUCAGGACUACUCAUCUAUCUUCACUGGGGCUACAGACCCCUCCUCACAAACCCGUCCUCGCCACAGGAUACAGAACAAACUUCGACCCUUUGAUGAGAAGGCCUUGCAGGAGAAGUUAAUGUAUUUCCCAGUGUGUGUGGGCAAUAAAAAGAAGUCUGAGGACGAGACGGAGGAGGGUCUGGGAAGUCUGCCACGCAACAUCUCAUCUGUCAGCUCCCUGUUGCUCUUUAAUACCACAGAGAACCUAUAUAAGAAGUAUGUGUUCCUUGAUCCUCUGGCGGGAGCAGUGACUAAAACCCACACAACACUAGAGACAGAAAAAGAAGAGAAACCGUUUGACGCUCCACUGUCCAUUACUAAGAGAGAACAACUGGAAAGACAGACGGCAGAGAGUUAUUUCUAUGUGCCAGACCUGGGUGAGGUGCCUGAGAUAGAUGUGCCGUCCUACUUGCCUGACCUGCCAGGCAUAGCCGAUGACCUGUCCUACAGCGCAGACCUCGGGCCUGGCUUCGCCCCAUCAGGACCCACACACAACAUCCCUGAGCUGCCCUCCUUCUCUGAAGAGAGCAAUGUACCAGAAUCUCAGCUCCAGCCUAAUGCUCCACCUCCUCCACCACCCCCUCCUCCUCCUCCUCCUCCUGAGCCUGCCCUCGCUUCUGCUACUCCCGCAGGAGCUCCCCCUCCUCCACCCCCUCCACCCCCUCCUCCAGUUGACAGCCCCGCAGAAGUCUCUCGAGCACCAAGUUCAGGUCCUGUGUCUGGUGCUCCCAGCGAGGUGGUUCAGCCGUCAGACAGCCGUGCCAGUCUGCUGGAGUCCAUCCGCAACGCCGGAGGCAUUGGCAAAGCCAAGUUACGCAACGUUAAAGAGCGCAAGAUGGAGAAGAAGAAACAGAAGGAGCAAGAGCAAGCAGUGGGAGCAGCAUCUAGUGGUGGAGACUUUAUGUCUGAUCUCUUCAAUAAACUUGCCAUGCGAAGGAAAGGAAUAUCUGGUAAGGGUCCUGCAGGUGGUGAGUUAAGUGACGCUCCCGCUGGUACCAGCGGCGCAUUUGCCAGGAUGUCAGAUGUCAUCCCACCACUUCCUGCCCCACAAUCGACAACAGACGAUGACGACUGGGAAGCAUAACACAAUGGACAAUGAACACUUAAAGCACUGAUGUAAAAUGGGCAGUCAUAAUUCCAAUGAUAAUAAGUGCAUUGAUUUGUCUAAGUACUUGAACAAAACAUGACUGAAACUCAAAUGAUAAAACAAUUUAUUGAUAUCAUUCAUUCUAAAACAUAUUUUCAUGAAAUGAAACAAGCAGAUAAACACUCACUGAUACUACAGAACCAUUUCAGUAACAUCAUUCUAUUAAAUAAGUCAUUUUUGCAUUACAUAACACUUAACAUUGACUGCUUUAAAUAUUUAAAACUUCAAGGGUAUAUCAGUCACAUGGAUGCCUACACCAGUGCUGUGCCUGAUGUCUUUUGUAGUAGCUGCUUCAGUAAUUAAUUUCAACAUACUGAAUUUAAAAGUUGUUGAGUCAUACUGUGAAAUGUCCCUUUAGCCUUGUUCUGCAGUGUGCAUUCAAACACUUGGAUUAAUUAUUCAUUAACUGAUCACAUAUGUAUGUUACCAGUACAAAACAGAAGAAGACAUAGACAACAUCUCAAAGGUGAAAUGUAAAAUCAAGCAAGUAUGAUGUACUGAAAACAGAAAAACUGCCCCCCUGCUUGAACUGCUGAACUCCAGGCGGUGGCUAAAUGUGCAACAAUGUGAACAUAAGAGCUGCAGCAAUCUUGUGAUAAGGAACUUAUUACAGAGGCGCUUUAAUCAUUUUUCAGCUUCUUUUUUAUUUAUUUUUUUUUUUAUUUUGUUUUAUUAGGAAU